AUGCCAAGGACAGCGGAUUGUAAGGCCUCGUGCUCGGCCCGGGAUGAUAAAGAGGAGAGACUUAACGGUUAUAUAACGGGAGGAGGACGGAUAGCCAGGAGUGGUGGGAGGCGCAGGAAUCGGUGUGGAGGGGUCAGUGAUGUCGAGUUCUUCGGGCAGCGAGGACGUGUAGUUCCCGACGGCUAUAUCCUACGAGUACAGUGUCUGUGUAGUGGUGUAGUGUACAUCUCUGUGCCAAUAGUAAAAGGAUUUAUCCUUAGUGUCCUGGAAGAUGUUAGGUCCUUUGGUGGUAGUAAAAGUAACUCUCGCUCCGGGCCGGGCCUAGCCGUCGUAAAUUACCGCGUACCGUUAGCUUGA